GCAGGAGGGUUCUGUAAAGUCUGGAGCUAUCAUCACCUCUGUUUUAUGCUUGCUGGGUAAAAAGGCUGGGCUAUUUUUCACAAGGAGUCUGCAUGUCUAACAUUUAGACAUGCUCAGCUUUGUGGAUACACGGAUUUUGUUGCUGCUUGCAGUAACGACGUUCGUUGCAAGAGGCCAAUAUGAAGAUGAAUACGCAUAUGAAACCGAAGCCUACCAAGAUGAAUUAACAGGACCACAAGGACCCCCUGGCAAUCGAGGUCCAUCAGGAGACAGGGGCCCUCCAGGACAAGACGGUAAUGAUGGAUCACCAGGCACACCAGGCCUUCCAGGACCACCAGGCUCACCUGGCAUUAGCUUUGCUGCUCAGUACGUUAAACAGGAUGAGAUGGCGCCAGGAAUUGUGGGACCAAUGGGACCAAAAGGCCCACAAGGAGCCUCUGGUGCUCCUGGUUCCCCUGGCCCCUCAGGAAUUCCAGGCAUUGGAGGUGAAUCUGGUGCAACUGGUCCACUCGGUCCUCGUGGUCCCCAAGGUGUACCUGGAAAACCUGGUGAAGAUGGUAGCAAUGGCAAACCUGGCAAACCUGGUGACCGUGGUAUUGUUGGACCUCAGGGUACUCGUGGUUUCCCUGGAACUCCUGGUCUCUCUGGCAGGAAAGGACACCGAGGUUUCAAUGGCUUGGAUGGUGUAAAGGGAGAGCCGGGUGCUGGUGGUGAAAAGGGUGAAACUGGUAACCCAGGAUCAAACGGUAGCCCUGGACUCGCGGGCCUUCGUGGUAGUCCAGGUGAGAGAGGCCGUGGUGGAGCUGCUGGCACAGCUGGACCCCGAGGCAGUGAUGGUCUGACUGGACCUGUCGGACCUCCUGGACCCAUAGGUGCAAAUGGUCCCCCAGGCUUCCCAGGCAGCCCUGGAUUCAAGGGUGAGCUUGGACCGGUUGGUGCUCGUGGUCCAUCUGGUGCUCAGGGCGCUAGAGGUGAGCCAGGUGCUGUAGGUCCAAUUGGACCUGUGGGUCUUCCUGGUAAUGCAGGUGUAAACGGCCUUAAUGGAGCAAAGGGUGCAAUUGGUGCUCCAGGUGUUGCUGGUGCUCCUGGUUUUCCAGGACCACGUGGUCUUGCUGGCCAACAUGGAGCAAUUGGUCCUGCGGGUCUCCGGGGGCUCUCUGGUGAUCCAGGUGUUCAAGGUGUCAAGGGUGAGACCGGUCCCAAAGGCGAGCGUGGUGAUCCUGGCCCAACAGGUGUCACUGGUCCAUCUGGUGAAGAAGGCAAGAAAGGGCCUCGUGGUGAAUCUGGUGUUCAGGGACUUGCUGGGACUCCUGGUGAGAGGGGUUCCCCUGGCAACCGUGGUAUCCCAGGCCGUGAUGGACCAGCUGGUGGCAUGGGUCUGCCUGGUAGACGUGGUGAAGCUGGUCCUGCUGGUCCCAAAGGGCCUCCUGGUGACGUUGGACGUCCUGGUGAAAGUGGUAUGCCUGGUGCACGGGGUCAUAGUGGACAACCUGGUAGAACUGGUGCUGUGGGAAAUCAAGGUGUUUCAGGCCCAGCUGGUGAAGAAGGUCGUACUGGUCCCCCUGGUGCUGCUGGCCCAAGAGGUCAGGCUGGUAUGAUGGGCUUCCCUGGUCCAAAGGGUGCUACUGGUGUACCUGGUAAGCCUGGUGACAGAGGAAGUGUUGGCCCUGCUGGUCCAAGGGGUGUACCUGGCAAGGAUGGUGAAGUUGGAGCACAAGGUCCUCCUGGUGUUGUUGGUCCUACGGGUGCAAGAGGUGAAACUGGUCCAUCUGGUGGUUCUGGCUUCCAGGGAUCCCCUGGUCUUCCUGGUGCAGCUGGAGAACCUGGUAAACCAGGUAAUCAGGGUAUCCGAGGUGAUAGUGGUAGCCCAGGUAUCGGGGGCCCAAAAGGUGAACGAGGUCUCCCAGGUGAACGAGGUUCUAGAGGUGCCCAAGGUCUUGCUGGUUCUCGUGGUCCCACUGGUGCUCCUGGUACUGAUGGUGGAAAGGGUGAAGUUGGUCUUGCUGGUCUGCUUGGUUCAGCAGGUGCCCAAGGUGCUCAGGGUAUGCCAGGUGAGAGAGGUGCUGCUGGUGCUAUUGGCCCCAAAGGUGAAAAGGGUGAGGCAGGCCCAGCAGGUCCCCAAGGGAGUGCAGGUGUGGAUGGCCCACGGGGUGCUCCUGGUCCUGCUGGUGCUCCUGGUCCCAGUGGCCCUCCUGGUGAUAGGGGUGAAUCUGGUUCCUCUGGCCACCCUGGUCCAGCUGGUCCUCGUGGUGCACCAGGUGAACGUGGUGAAGCUGGUCGUACUGGUUCUGCUGGAUUUGCUGGUCCACCUGGUGCAGAUGGACACUCUGGAGCCAAAGGUGAGAAAGGUGUCAAUGGUGUCAAAGGAGAGGUUGGCACUGCCGGUGCUGCUGGUCUACCUGGUCCCGCUGGUGCUGUGGGUCCUGCUGGAGCUGCUGGCCUGCAAGGACCUGUUGGUUCUAUUGGUCCACCAGGUAUGACAGGAUUCCCAGGUCCAGCUGGUAGAUCAGGCGCUCCAGGUCCAGCAGGUUCUCAAGGUCCACAAGGCCCCGGUGGUCCAUUUGGCAAUUCUGGCCCACAAGGUCCAAGAGGUGAUUCAGGUGCACAAGGUCGUUCAGGUUCAUCAGGUUCUCCUGGCCCAAUUGGUGCACCUGGAGACAGGGGUCCAUCUGGUGAAUCAGGCCCUGUUGGUGCUCCAGGCCUUUCUGGUCCUUCAGGUUAUCUUGGCAUGACAGGUAUAAUUGGUCUUCCUGGUUCAAGAGGCGAACAUGGUCUUCCAGGUAUCUCCGGUGCAAAUGGUCUACCUGGUCCAACGGGUCCUAUAGGAGCUCCUGGAUCCCGUGGUCCAGCUGGUGCUGUUGGUCCUGGUGGGCUGACUGGUCAGCAUGGUGAAUCUGGUCGUGAUGGAAACCCUGGUAGCGAUGGUCCUCCUGGACGUGCUGGAAUCCCCGGACCUAAGGGCGAACGUGGUGAUCCUGGUAGGCUUGGCUCAUCUGGUUCGGCUGGUCAACCUGGUGCCCAUGGUCACGCAGGCCCUGCUGGAAAGGCUGGCAAUCGUGGUGAGGCUGGUCCUUCAGGUUCAACUGGUGCUGUUGGUCAAAUGGGUCCAAGAGGUCUUGCUGGGCCACAAGGUCCACGUGGAGAAAAGGGUGAAACUGGCUUUGCAGGUGUCAGAGGCCUGAAAGGAUUAAGAGGACCUGGUGGUUUACAGGGUCUUCAUGGCCUUUCUGGUAUUUCUGGUGAACCUGGUGGUCAUGGCUCUGCUGGUCCUUCUGGCCCAAGGGGUCCUGCUGGUCCUUCUGGUCCUUCUGGUAAAGAUGGUGCAGCUGGACAUGCUGGUCCUAUGGGUCCUGUUGGUCAUCGUGGACGUCCUGGUGAUCAUGGUCCUAUGGGUCCUCCUGGUCCACCAGGCCCUCCUGGCCUCCCAGGUGUUGCUGGUGGUAACUAUGAAGUGAGCUACGAUCUUGAGUAUUACAGGGCCGAUCAACCAGCUGCAGUAAGAGAGAAGGAUCUUGAAGUUGAUGCCAAACUGAAAGUUUUGACCAAUCAGAUUGAGAAUAUCCGCAGCCCCGAAGGCUCAAAGAAAAAUCCUGCUCGCUCCUGUCGUGACCUGAGACUCAGCCACCCAGAAUGGAAGACCGGUUACUAUUGGAUCGAUCCCAAUCAAGGAUGUAUCAUGGAUGCCAUCAGAGUUUACUGCGACUUUGUAUCAGGCGAGACUUGUGUACAUGCCAACCCAGACAUCAUUGAGCGCAAGAACUGGUGGAAUAACAAGACUCCCAAAGAACAGAAACACAUAUGGUUUGGUGAAACCAUCAAUGAUGGUGUCCAAUUCGCUUACAAUGAUGAACACAUUACCCCAUUUAUUAUGGGUACCCAGCUGACCUUCCUGCAUCUCCUCUCCAAUGAAGCCACACAGAAUAUCACCUACCAUUGUAAGAACAGUGUAGCAUACAUGGAUGAGGCUGGAAACCUGAAAAAGUCAGUUAUUCUGCUUGGUUCCAAUGAUGUUGAACUCCGAGCUGAAGGUAACAGCAGAUUCACUUACAGCGUUCUGGAAGACGGAUGCACAAGACAUACUGGUGAAUGGAGUAAGACAGUCAUUGAAUACAGAACACAGAGAACAUCUCGCUUGCCAUUUGUGGACAUUGCACCUAUGGAUAUUGGUGGCCCUGAACAAGAAUUUGGUUUGGACAUUGGCCCAGUCUGUUUCAAAUAAAUGAACUUGAGCUAACUUA